GCCCCGCUGGCGCCGCCCGCAGCUCCCGCGGCUCCUCUGCCUAUUUUAGUCACAGCCGCGGCUCCGUGCCCGCCGCGGGACGCGGUGUCGCCGGCGGCGACGGGCAGCAGCCCCAGCCCGUCCCGUCCGGGCUGCCCGGAAACUUUCCCGGAGCGCGGGGCAGAUCAGAUGAAGCUACAGAUGACAUGACCAAAGUCAAAACAAUGCAUGAAGUGAUGAGAAACAGCACUCAGAACUUUAGCUUCUUCAUUGCUGGAAACCCUAAGUGCAACUUUACUACCAAGAGACCCUGACGUUAUGAGAUCACUGAGCACAGUUUGCAAGAAUGGAAAACCAAAGGAAAACCAAAACUAGUAGCAUCUCAUAAAUAAAAGAUUUCAAGAUUCAGCUGAAUCAAAAAAACUAUUCCAGCCAUGGGAGAAAAUGCAAGUUUUUGGGAAAGUCUGAUAUAUGCACAUCCUACAUGUACCAGCUGGAAGCAAGAGGCAGAGGGAUCUAUCUACCACCUAGCCAGUAUUUUCUUUGUCGUGGGCUUCAUGGGUGGAAGUGGAUUCUUUGGGCUUCUCUACGUCUUCAGCUUGCUUGGACUGGGCUUUCUCUGCUCUUCUGUUUGGGCUUGGCUGGAUGUGUGUGCUGCUGAUAUAUUCUCCUGGAACUUUGUACUGUUCGCCAUCUGCUUCGUCCAGUUCGUUUAUGUUACCUACCAGGUGCGGAGUGUUGCCUUUGACAGGGAAUUCCAGGAACUCUACAGUGCUCUCUUCCAGCCUCUGGGGAUUUCCUUGACUGUGUACAGGAAGAUUGUCCUGUGCUGUGAUGCAGAAGUGGUUACCCUGGAGAAGGAGCAUUGUUAUGCCAUGCAGGGCAAAACACCUAUUGACAAACUGUCCUUGCUUGUGUCAGGCAGGAUCAGAGUGACAGUUGAUGGGGAGUUUCUGCAUUAUAUUUUUCCUCUUCAAUUUCUGGACUCUCCUGAAUGGGAUUCACUGAGGCCCACAGAAGAGGGAAUUUUCCAGGUAACACUCACAGCAGAGACAGACUGUCGGUACGUGGCCUGGAGGAGAAAGAAGCUCUACCUGCUGUUCGCCAAGCACCGCUUCAUCUCCCGCCUCUUCUCCAUCCUGAUCGGGAGCGACAUCGCCGAGAAGCUGUACGCGCUCAACGACCGGGUGCACGUGGGCCAGGGCUUCAGGUACGACAUCCGCCUGCCCAACUUCUACCACGUGGCGCUGCCGGAGCCGCCCCCGGUGCUGCCGCCGCCGCGCCCGCACCGCCUGCAGCGGGGCUCGCCCCGCCGCCCGCCCGCCGCGGCCGCCAACUGCGGCUCCUUCCUCGCCCCCUCCUAGGCAGGGACAGCCCCUGCCCCAGGCACUCCUCACCGCGCCGGAGGGAAACGGGAGCUGGCGGGGCAGAGGGACAGAAGCAGACGAAGCCAAAUUUGACUGACAAGUGCCAUUAACUGUUAUAAGUAGAAAAGCUGCCCAUUUUUUUAAAAGGUUGCAGAGUUCACAGGUUGGGCUAGUUGCUGCCGGGGUGGAGUUCUAAGCGUUUGUUAUUGUAACCACCUGUCGUUUUCAUUAACUACCUGUCGUUGAUGGUUAAGAAUUCCCCCUUUUGUCGCGUGGCGUCCUGCUGCUUCCUGGAGGAUGGCAUCCGGAAGGUGAAGAGGAGGUGACUCGGAGUUAGCAUGGAAAUGAAAUCAGAGCCAGCAUGCAACGAGAGAAGCCCCUCACCAAACCUAGCCAAAAACCCCUAAAAAUGAGCCAACACAAAAUUGACAAAUCAAAGUGAUGACUAGAUGUGAGGAAGAGAAUCUAAUAUCUGCUAAGACCGUUUUUUACCCCUCACCCUAACCUAAAAGUUGUCGGCUAGACAGGACCUCGAAUGUUGAACCAAAAAGCGCAGGAUCUCCUGAUGCUGGGGUGAGAACGGAACCCCCAGCUCUGCCCACAGACCAGUGGACAAAGUUGCACUCUUCCUCCUCCUCAGUCACUUCUGGGAGCACUGGCAUGAGCGUGAGUUGGGUUCUCCCCAUCCAACUGCAUUUUGACUGUCUGUGCAAUAUGUUUACUUUCUGUUGAUACUCCUUCAUCUCUUUUGUUUUGGAGUAGAACAAAUCAUAACAGUAUGAGGUCUUAUUGCAAUUGUGAUGGCCUCUGUUGGUUGUUUUUUUUUUGUUGUUGUUUUGUUGUUGGUUUGUUGUUUUUUUAAUGCAAGCCCAUUGUAAUUAUAUUUUCCUAAAAAAAUUUUGUCACAAUGAAGUAUGGUCAGAAUAGUCAAUGAAAACAACCAAGUUGUCUUCAAAACAUAGCAACUGGUUUAUAAUGUUCUUUUUUAUGCCAUGUGAACAUUCUCUCAAUUUACAUUAAUAAUGUUGCACAAAAAAAGACCAAGGAAUGAUUGCAUUGAAUUUAUUUCUUAAAGAAAUGAAAGAUUUUGAAAUGCACAGCAAGAUGGUUAAAAACCCAAACAAAACAACAAAUUGUGUCCCAUGAGUAAUUAGUUUCUCUCUGACUGUCCUUAAGAGGUAAUACGUGAAAACAAACAUAAGCGUCAUUGCUGGCAUUAGAAAAAUGCAAGAGCUGUGACUGCUGCAAACACAGCUUAGGGAAAUGUUGUGUAGCAUUUCUGAUGGAAUGUGAUGCUAUAGGACCUGGGAUUCUGCAGUGUGUGCCCUUUGUGACAUGUACAAUAAAUAAUGUUAAUCAAUCUACUGCCAAACCAUUGGAGUUUGUUUUAUAAUAUUCCUUUUAACUGUGUUUGUCAGGAAGAAACUAAAACAGCUGCAGCAAUAAAUACAAUUUUUAACUGACACAUUCUUGUUUAGCUUCCAGAGUCACUUUUCUGUGCCUAUGAAACUCUUGAUUCAAAAGAUGUUCUCUCCCUAAUUCUGUGGUGGUUUAAUGACAUAAGGGAGCCUCAGAUUGCACUUCAGUAGGAGAGAGUUCGUUCCGACCCUCGGGGUCACUGUGCCUUUGAAGAAAAGUGUCCAAAUGUCUUUGCUAACUCACCUUCCUGCUGCUCUGCCUGAUGCCUGCCAGUAAUCAAAAAGUAAGAAGCAUUACUAUUUUAUGAGAAUGGAUUGCUGCUUGAUAUGUCUGGAAGUAGAUAAUAAUUUUAAUAUUUUAAAAUUGCUGGCUUGUUUGAUAGGAUGACCCCUGUGUGCUUCUCUAUGUGUGGGUAUACAUGUAAGUUCAGAUCUUGUGAGUUGUUUCUGGAGGACUUAAAAUGAUGAUACAAUCUUACACUUGGAGGAUAAUCAUGCUGUAUGUAUAAAAAAGCUGUUAGGAGUGACGUGAAACACAACCUGUUUGAAGGACAUUUAGUGUAGAGCAGAUAAGAUUGCACAAGUUUUGCUUUUAGCUUUAUGUUGCUUCCUCUGAGAGGAAAACCAGCCAGACGUAAAUACCCCAGAAUGCAAUGUGAUAAUCCCCAAAUCAUUCUCAUAACCCUUCCAGGCAGUGUAUUCUGUUUGUACUGUUUAAUGCAUGAAGUCCCUGAGACACAGAGCUACAUUGUCUUGGCCGAAAGAGAAUUGGAAAAAAUGCAAACAGUUCACUGAUGGCUCUAAAUGACCUCUUCAGAUGAUAACUAAGGCACAAAGUGCCAGAGGUUGGCAGCAUGCUGUAAGGAUGUACAUCUGUGUAACAGUCUACAAACAUAAAAAUAUUUUAAAUGCAUAAAAGAGAUCCUAUUCUAGACUUAGGUGUAAUAGAAAUAAUUUAUUAGUGUUCUCCUUGGUUUUCUUGGAUAUUUCAGUUUGACCUAUUUAUUAAAGAAAAGUUGUCUUUACUAAAUUCUGACCCUGCUGAAGUUAAUUAGUUUGAUUAUCUUCAAAUUAAAAUAAGACAAAAGGAGUCUUACUCACCCAGUUUCUAUGUCAAGCUUAUGUAUUCUAUUUAAGCUGUAGCAUACUGCUUAGAAAGAUACUGGGGAAUGAUGGGUGCUUCAUGACAUACUUUGAUAAUUUUUUGGUUUUUGUGACUGUUGUAUGCCUUGGUUUCUGUCACACACUUUCCAAACACAAUCUUCUGUGAUGCUUUUCUCUGCUGCAUUUGGUUACUGUCAGAAAUCUCUACCAGGACGUGUCUGAGUCAAUAUCUGAACACACUCUUAGCUAAUCUUGUUUAGGUGUUGCUACUGUGCUUUCUGGGCUUUGAGUCAUUUUUUAAAAAUUGUUUCUAGUUUUCCAGUAUCUGUUUGAGACAUGACUAGCAGAACAUUUGAGCUGGAAAAAUCAGCUGUAAAAUAGAUGUCUACAAUAAUAUAAGUACACACAAAAGGGCUGGAAGCAAGACAGAAGUUCUCUCUACCUCUGUUUUUAUUUUAAUCCUGACAGUACUUCUAAAACAUACAGUGAAAUAUGCUCUGGAAUGCGACUCAUAAAGUAGUGUUUUGGGAGGGCUGUAUAAUCUCCCUAAAUGAAGACAUGCUCAGGAUGAUGACAGUGAAAUUAGACAAGUUUUGUGAGAUCAUAAACACCCAGUCAUUAGAGAGUUGGGGUUGCUCAGCCUGGAGAAGAGAAGCCUCCAGGUGACAUUUUAUUGCUGCCUUUCAGUACUUAAAGGGGCCUGCAAGAAAGAUGAGGACAGACUUUUUAUAGCAGAGCCUCUUGUGAUAGGACAAGGGGUAAUGGCUUUAAAUUCAUUAAAAUAUUUAAGGAUAUAUUUAGAUAUAAGGAGGAACUUUAUUAUUAUUUUGAGUGUGAUGAAACACUGAAAAAGGUUGUCCAGAGAGAUGGUGGAUGCCUGGUCCUUGGAAACAUUCAAAUUGGAUGGAGCUCUCGGCAACUUGAUCUAUUUGAAGAUAUCCUCACUUAUUCAAGGGGAUUGGGCAAGAUGGCCUUUAAAGGUCCCUUCCAACCCAGACCAUUCUAUGAUUCUAUGAUUAUUUAUAGCUUAAUAAACAUUUGGAGCUAGAAGAAGUUCUGACUUGAGCAUCAUCCAAUUUAUGCCCGUGUUACAGCUCCGAAAUAACUUAGUGACAUGACCAGAUUCCUUCAUAAUUGGUUUAAACAAGUGGAUGCUUGAGUCCCUGCUGCUAUCAGUGAGUCCUUUUCUUGAUCCUGUAGUGAUUCCCCUUUACUCACAUUUUACAUUUUUACCAGUUUCAUGACCUUUUGUGGAAUUAUGUCUACAUUUAUAUGCUGCUAUAGGUAAGAGUGGCAGAACCUGUGCACGUGAUGAUGUGGUCAUUCACAUUUGUGCACAUGAUGUGGUCAUUCAUCAGUUGAUUUUUAUAAAUUUUUGUAAUUAUGUGGACAUCAUGUUGGAAUUGCCCUCACAGCCUGCAGAAGGGUUCAAAUUUGUGUCAGGUAAGAAACGAUGGCCUAGGACAGUCCAAAACAGAGGGGGAGGAGUAGAAGAAGAGACAAAAAUAUUUCAUACAAAUUGUAUCCAAGAGAGGUUUAUUUCAAAUUGGACUUCGGACAAAUUAGUUUUGAGUGCAACAAUAUGUAGUUAGAGCUUCAAAGCAAGUCUUGCCUACUAAGGAGCAUGGGACUGACCCUGCAAUUCUUUCAUUGGUAGUAUUUUAACUACUAAUAGUGGAAGUACAGGUAACAGGUUCCAUCAUGCAACUACACUCAAAGAUACAAAAACUAUGGAAUAACCAGAGGAUACAGCCCAAUGUACUGUUGUAGCUAAUACACUAUGCAAGGCAAAUUUAAAGUGCUUAAAGAAACAGGUUCUUUUAUUCAGCUGCCUGUGAUAACAGAGGCUGUGCUUUGUGGCUGAGGAGGGGCCAUCCAGGAUCUGUUUUCAGGAACUAUUUUCCUUGCAACAAAGCAAAUUAUACACAUAGAGAUAUGAGCUCUCCUAGGAUUAAACUGGGGAAGCUGAAUACAUGCUUGGAUGAUAUUGCACAGAUUUUCCAUACCACAAAAAAGACAUAUGCUUGUAGUAAUUAAAAAAUAUGUUGUUGCUACAUUUUCAGGAAAAAAGUGCUCUACAGAUUUUGCUUAUUGUGAGUGAUAAAUAUAAGAUAUAUUUGGUCUCAGUGUACAUGAAGUAUUAAAACACAAUAUUGUGUUGCUCAUAUGAGCUGAUAUAGCAAACCAUGUGUUGAAAGUGAAACAAAUCUGCAGCUCUUUAUAUAGAAGAAAACUAUUUGAAUAGGAAAGAAAAAAUUAAUAUCUGUUUGCUGAAUUCAGACAUGAUCAGAGUAAUAUUUUUCUUUCUAUUCCUGUAAUAAUUAAAUGCAUAUUUUUCCUCCCUAGCUGUUACUGCAUAACAGAUUUUUUUUAACUAUACAACAAAAUAAAUACCAUAUUAUACUGAUUUGUUAAUCCCUGUUGAAAAUGCUUACCUUAUUUAUAUUAAUAUUCAUUAAAAUAUAAUAAGUUCAGGGCUUGUAAGGAAAAACACCCUUUCUUUCUGUCUAAUUCAGAUUAACUUUCCUUUCUUUUAGACUUUUUUAUCCCAUCACUUUCAACUUGCUGUAUUUCUGCUUCUGUGGGAAUGAAAAGAUGUAUUGAACUUGACAUGUAAAUGAAGCCACCUCAUGGUGAUGAAUCAAACCAUGUAGGUGGAGCUUCAUCAGCAGGAGUGUGUAGGAGAAAGGCAGCACAAGCAUGUCAUCACUCAGCUCUGGAUUUUUGGGGUUGUGUCCCAAACCAUGACUGGCAAUGCCCUCCUAGAGGGUCAUAUGGCAGAGGGUUUGGCCAGCAAAGAAUUUGGACCCAAACCAUCUUUCUGCAAGGUACAAAUAUUGUUAAACCUUGCUCUGGAGUGGGGGAAAAAAAUUGGGACUUUCCCAAAACCUUGUGAGAGCAGAGGGAUUUUAUAGCAGUUAUUCUUCUGCUGUGGAUUCACAGGCAGUAUUUUUUAAGUUUUCAGUUGAACUGCAGUUCCUAAUUUGAGGGAUCAGUGGUGUAUUGUAGGAACAGGACUAUGUCACUACCUGAGUGGAGUUUUGAAGACAAAUGGUGAUAAAAGAUGACCAAGAACCAAGACAUCAAAGUCAUAUAAAUAAUCAACUGGAAUAAAAUAAUGGUGAUAAACAACUAAUGGUGAUAAAUAAACUAUUUCAGCAGUGAAUCCCAUAUUUUUCAUCGUAUCCACUAGUGACUCUCCACCUAAACUUGUCUAAAUCUGGGGGAUAUAAUAAUUUUCUGGGAGUAAAAGGGAGAUUAGCCCAAGAAAGACACUGAGACAAAAAUCCCAUCUAAUGGAUAAAUGUUUUAGCCAUGUAACUGUAUAGAAGUGGGCAGCACCAUCCCCUUUACAGAAACUGCCCCUCAGGCAAGCAUCAAAGCAUCUCAGGUCAGUGAAAGGAGGGGAGCAGGUUCCUGCCCCCAGGCAGGGAUUCUGUGGGAUGAUCCCAAGCAGCCUGCAGGAGUGUGGGCUCAGUGGGGAUGAAGCACACACAUCUCUUUAAUAUUUCCCUCUGUGGGUUUUAGGAUGAGUGCAGGACAACCCAGAUACCCAAUGCUGCACUUGAACUUCCUGAAUCCAGCUGUAGGAUAGGGGUGGGAUAGUGGCAGGUAAGAUUUGGGAUGAGUAUAAAAGACAUUAGAUAUGAACCUGUAUCUUCUCAUAUGUGCUCUCUCACACUGAGUGAAUAAAACACAGCUUAAUCCAUAACAAAAGUGAGGCAAGCCAGUUCACAUCUGCCAGCAGUCGGGUACCAGCAGUUCCUACAGAACAGCUGUUGUGCAGGAAUUCCUCCCUGCUGUGCUUUGGUCAUCUCACUCUCUCACACUGAAAUCUUUAAAGCUUUUAUGGAAUCCACUUGUAUUAGCUAUUCCAUUUUACUAAGAGAGAAAAUAUCCUGAGUACUUAUUUUGAAUAUGAAGCAAAACUGUCCUGUUUUCAUUUACAGAAAAUUUGAGUCCUCUCAAAUUAUACUUUCAAGCAGAUCUCACUAGUGAGGGGAAUGAAGUGCUUCUUAAAAACAGUCAGAUAUCCAGCACUCUACUCUAUUUAUCACUGGGUCUCCAUUUUAUUGUUUAAUUACAGCUUUUUAAAAAUACAGUGUUCUUACAGGGAAUAUGUUCAUUAUUUAAAGAAUUAAUGAGUAAGUACUCAUAGAAAAAAUACAGGAAAUACUGCUACAUAAAAUAUUUUUACAUUGGUUUUAAUUUUACAAACUGUUAGUAUCUUUUUGUUAACUAUAUUGAUUGCCAUUUAUUUCCAAAAGUGCUUUUUACAGUGAUCUAUGUACUUCAGCUACAUGCAAAAGCAAUAAUCACAUAUAUAUGUAUGUAUAUUGCAGUCUGUAUCCCUGCUUUUUACCCUAUAUAAUAGGGUUUUGUUAGUUGAUUUUUUCU